GUAAGGCUCAUUCUUUCACCAAAGCAACGGUAUAGUAGCUUGCUCUUGUAGCAUCUUUAUCAACGUCCAACGCCAAAUUGUAUGACUAACACAUGAGGCAGCUGAGACAUACUCGACUUUACAAGUUAAGAAGGAACCAAAAAAAGAAAAAGAGAAACAAGAGAAUAUCAUCAUAGGUUGCUUCUUAAGCACCAAAGAUAUUGUCAUUUCUCCAAAAGGAAAAGAUUGCAGUGUAAAGCAUCGUAGCUAUGCGUAGGGUCGGGGGAAGAGGGCCAGACCACAGGGCUCUAUUGCACCAGACUGCCCUUCCCCGGACCCUGCGCAUAGUGGGAGCUUUAGUGCACCGGGCUACCCUUCUAUAAUUUUCAAUUAGUUAGUCUUGUUUGGGUUAAAGAUGUUUUUAUUCAUGUUGUUUUUCUUUACAAAUUCCUUUCUUCUGAUUAAAGCAAACAAUAAGUACCUUUCUUUGAUCAAAGGCAAAGAUCUGCGUGGUGUUCAGAAUAUUUCUAUAUAAUAUUUCAUCUGGAGAAAGCAAAGAACUCACCGGCAAACCAAGUAAAAGAAACGAAAAUGGAUCCAACCUUGUACAAUGCUGCGGUGGAAGGCAAUAUCAGUAAUGGUGAUUUUUCACUUGCUGAAUAUCUGAAAAGGGAUGAAGAAAAUCCGUACCAAGUCACUCCAACAGGCAACACAAUCUUACACGUGGCCGCUCAUUAUGGCCACUCCCAUUUCGUGGCAGAAGUCCUUAAGAUUAGUCCGGCAUUGUUAUGCCAUCGGAACAAGAAGAAUGAAACUGCGCUUCACGUAGCAGCUAACGAAGGUCACAUCGAAGUAGUCCAUUCGCUACUUAGUAUGGAUGAGCAUUAUAAGGAGACACUCAUGAGGAUGACAGAUGAGAAUGGAGAUACAGUGCUGCACAAGGCCGUGAGGAGCCGACAUCAAGAUGUAGCCAGACUCUUGGUGAAAGAAGAUCCUGAAUUCGAAUUUCCAUCCAACAAGGCCCGGGAGACACCACUGUAUCUGGCAGCCGAGUCUGGUCUUCGUGAAGCUUUGAGUGAAAUCUUGAACUCCUGCACGCAACCAACUUCUUCUGCAGGUCCAUUAAAUCGAACACCUCUGCAUGCAGCAGUAAUUCAGGAACACACGGAUUGCGCGAGAUUGCUGAUGCAAUGGAAUAAAUCUUUGAGUGAGGAACCUGACGUGGGGGGCUGGAAUUCGCUGCACUUUGCCGCUCUUUUAGGAUUGAAAGAAGUAGUUUCUGAUAUGCUCGGGUGGAAAAAAUCCUUAGCCUACCUUCCAGCAGGCAGUGAAAACGACUGGACAACAGCAAUUCACAUUGCAGCCGGCUCAGGUAAGGUAGACGUUCUACAUGAGCUAUUAAAUCACUGCCCUGAUUGCUGGGAAAUGCUCGACAGCAAUGGCCGAAAUGCUCUUCACGAAGCCAUAUUCUGCAGUCAAGCAAAUGUGGUCAGUUACUUACUGAAGUCCAGAAAGUGGGAUAAGCUUAGCGAGGAUCCAGACAACGAUGGCAACACUCCUCUCCAUUUGCUUGCUUCCUCUAAUUUCUGGGGCUAUGUGCCAUUGGAAUUAAAAUAUCAUCCCCGAGCAAAGAAGAUGUCAUAUAACAAGGAAAACAAGACUCCUUUUGACGUAGCAGUGUCUUGCACAGAGUGGACGGCAGACAAGGACAGAAUCGCGCCCAGCUUGUUUAACGAUUUCCUUAUUUCCAUUGCUCAGUUGGGACGACGUUCACCCAAGCUGAACCAGAUGGAUCGGCAGAAGAUAAUUUUCAACCAAGCUAAGGAACGCGACAUUAACAUCAAAGGUAUCUUAUCAGCAGCUCAAAUGCAACUUGUUGUGGCUACUCUAUUAGUCACAGUCACCUUUGCAGCUGGUUUUACAUUACCGGGAGGAUUUGAAAGCGAUGACAAUAGCCCUAAUAAGGGGAUGGCAGUUCUAAUAAAAAAAGCAUCGUUCCGUGCAUUUGUUAUAGCAGAUGCCAUCGCCUUUGCAUGCUCCGCUGGUGCUAUAUUCAGCUACUUCUAUAUGGCGUCAAAUCCUCGUCCGAUGUCCUAUCAGGAUUUGGGUUAUUUGUGGUCUCUCAGUAAAGUUGGAGCUAGAUCGCAGCUCGUGGCAAUGUCAGCAGUUGUAAUUGCUUUUGUAACUGGUAUGUAUGCUACUUUAGCACAUUCAGUUGGUCUCGCUGUUACUGUCUGUGCCAUCGGUUGCAUCUCUUUCAUUAUGUACGUGUGGGCAGUGCUGAGGCCAGUAUGCUGGAUACGUGUAGCAAAAAAGUAAUGUAUACCUACAAAAAGUAUUUUUGACAUGUAUACUUUGUGUAAUUUUCUAUAUACAUAAUAUAAAUUCAUUGGUUGCA